GGUGGGUUGGGGGCGGCGCGCCGGGCCAAUGCAGCUCCAGCCUGCGAGCGGUGGACGGUAAACAACAGCAGCCGAGGCGACCCCGGCUCAGCAAGGACACGCAGCGCAGCCGCCGCACGCAGACAAAAACACCCCAGCCGCCGCGUAUCGGGUGAAAGAUGCUUCGCGGGACGGUAGAAUGGAUGGGCUGAGACUGAGCGGAGGCGCUGUGGACGCGGGGACCCGAGCCGGACUGAUUUUAGGGAGGAUUUUCGGCUGUUUCGGGACGUUUGUGGCUCUUUUUGUCGUGUAGCUGCUGGAGCUGCUAACUGCAGCACUGCUGCCGCUGCUGCUGCGGCCGGGCGCUGUGUAACACUGUGUACAAUGUGUUCAUUCAUUGCGGAGAGGUAGAUUAGCUAGGUUAGUUUAGGUUAGCUGCAGUUAGUUAGCUAGUUGGGCUUUUUAACUAGCUGGUUCUUUGCUAGUUAGGCUAGACUGGACUAGACUGGUUUGUCUGCUUUGUGUCAUGGGAUAAUCUGGGCUCUCAUGGCUUUAGAGGAAGCUAACAAACAUUAGCGUUAGCUAGAUAUAAAUGUGUGUGUUAGCGCUGUUUACCAUUAGAAUAUGGAAUUAACUAAACUGUUUAGCUAGCUAAUCUAGUUAGUUAACUAGAUUUUUUGAUAAAGAAUUAACUGAGCUCAAGUUUGAAGAAGAACAGCUUAGACAACAAUUACAGCAAGCUGUUUAGGUUGCUAACUAAGCUAGUCAGUGGAGACAGUUGUUAGCUUUAAACUAGGGCUGCAACUACUGUAAUCAUUUUGUUAAUCGACUAAUCUGACAUUUAUUUAUUUAUACUGAUUAGUUGGUUCGAUUAUUCAACCACUGUUACCGCCAUCAUCUCAAUCACCUACUUACUGUUGGUCUAACCCCAUCUGUCAAUUUCUUCUUCCCCUUCGAUUAGUCGGUUGGAUUAGUCAACGACUAUUUCUGCCAUCCCUUCAGUCACCUUUGUUGAUUUUUUUUUUCUUCAUUUUUGAUUAGUCAAUUCGAUUAGUCAACUACUAUUUAAUCCACCCCCAAAAUUGCUGCUCCCCACAUUUGACCAUUUUUUUCUUCUUAGAUUAUCCGGUUUGAUUAGUCAGUGUUGAUUGCUUGUAUAUUUGGACAUCUGUCAUAUUUCUUUUCUACUUUUUUGAUUAGUCAAUUCAAUUAGUCGACCACUAUUUCUGCCACCCCCAAAUUACUGCUUCCCACAUCUGACGAUUUUUUUCUUAUUAGAUUAGUCAAUUUGAUUAGUCAAAAUCAAUUACUGCUUACUGUGGGUGUGCCCCACAUUUUCUGUUCUUUCUUUUUUUGAUUAGUUGAUGUGAUUAAUCGUUUUGAUUAGUCCUGUUGGUGUAUCCUACAUCUAGUGAAUUCUUUCCCCAUUAGGCGAUUCAAUUAGUCAAAAGCUGUUUCUGCCAUCCCAUCAAGCACUGCUUCCUGUGGGUAUGCCCUAUAUCUGUCAAUUUUUCUUUUUCUUCGAUAAGUCGAUUUGAUUAGUCAAGGACUAUAUAUUUGCCAUCCCCUCAACCUGUCCUAUUGUGUUUCUGCCCGCAGCACUUUGUGUAGAGCUGUGCAAUUACAAAUUAUCGAAUAAUCGACACAUGAAUUUUGUGUAGGUUAUGUCGACUAAUCGUUGUAGCCCUACUUACUGAUAUAAGGAUGGUAAUGAUUAAGGUUGAAGAUGAACUUUAGAUCAGGUUUAGUCAUUUAUAUAGUCAGUAUUAUAGUUAGUUGUUGUUGAUGUUUUUGUUAUAAACUCAGGAAGGAUCUGCAUUGUGUUUAGCCAGCCUUCUCAGUGUUUUGAAUAAAACAUCGUUUAUAAUAAGAAUAAUAAGUAUAGUAGUGAUGGCCUCCUGGAAUAACAGUGGAGAUGCUGAAGGCGGAGACCCCGUCGCGCCGCUCCAACCGUUCCCCCCGAUAGGAGAGGACUCCGGGCAGGCUCUCAAAUCCAAGAGCCUCCCCGCGCUGAACUCCAGCCAGCCCCCGGAAACAGAUGGCCCGGGGAGGGUUAAUUCCGCGGCCGGAGAGCAGCGGCUCCUCGCGGGGCCCCGGGGUGGCUCCCCCUCCAGGCCGGAACGCACGGCCUCCUCCUCCAGCCUGGCCGGGCCGGGCUCGGCCCGCAGCUCGGAGGCGGGCGGCGGCCGGGCCGCUGGAAGACGCCGAGCCGCGUCUUUCCUGUGGGAUCAGCUGCGGAGGGUCUCCGUACGGCGGUACGCCCGCGGACUGUUCACAGACUCGCGCUGCUUCCUCUUCUACAUGUGUUACCUCACCUUCAUCCAGUCCCUCAUGGUGUCCGGGUACCUCAGCAGCGUCAUCACCACUAUAGAAAAGCGAUACAGUCUGCGCAGUUCAGAAUCCGGUCUGCUCGUCAGCUGUUUCGACAUCGGCAGUCUCCUUGUCGUCGUCUUCAUCAGCUACUUUGGAGGGCGGGGCCAAAGGCCACGUUGGCUCGCCAUUGGGGGGGUGUUCAUCGCGGUGGGUGCCGCACUUUUCUCUCUUCCCCACUUCAUCUCUCCGCCCUAUCAGCUGGAGCAGUUGAACACCACGGGUCGGGGCGAGGGACUGUGUGCCAACCCGGGCAGCAACAGCAGCAAGAGAGAGGGCCCGGUGGUGUGUCCGCGGGACCAGGAGGACAGUGAGCAUGCUCUUUAUGUGGCACUUUUUAUUUGUGCUCAAAUUCUGGUGGGCAUGGGCUCCACACCCAUCUACACACUCGGACCUACCUACUUGGACGACAAUGUGAAGAAGGAGAAUGCCUCGCUCUACUUAGCGAUCAUGUAUGUAAUGGGAGCUCUUGGUCCGGCUGCUGGUUACUUGCUUGGUGGAGUUUUGAUUGGGUUCUACGUGGAUCCGAAUACUCCUGUGAACAUCGACCAGAACGAUCCUCGUUUUGUAGGAAACUGGUGGAGUGGUUUUCUCUUGUGUGCUGUGGCCAUGCUUUUGGUGAUCUUCCCCAUGUUUGCUUUCCCAAAGAAGCUCCCUCCUCGCCACAAGAAGAACAGGGGGAAGAAGAAGAGUGUGGAGGACAUGACCAGCGAUGAUGAUGUGAUGAAGGCUAAGAGCCAAGCUGUGUCCUCAUCUAUGGGCUUUGGCAAAGACAUCAAAGACUUGCCGAAGGCAGCUGUACGUAUCCUAAGCAAUGUGACGUUUUUGUUCGUGAGUUUGUCGUACACAGCGGAGUGUGCCAUCGUCACAGCCUUCAUCACCUUCAUCCCCAAGUUCAUUGAAUCCCAGUUUGGGGUUCCAGCAUCCAGUGCCAGCAUCUACACAGGGUUGAUCAUUGUGCCGAGUGCUGGUGUGGGGAUAGUGCUGGGAGGAUAUAUCAUAAAGAAGCUGAAGCUGGGCGCGAGAGAGUCGGCUAAACUAGCCAUGAUCUGUAGUGGAGUGUCUUUGCUCUGUUUCUCCACACUUUUCAUCGUUGGCUGUGAGAGCAUAAAUUUAGGAGGAAUCAACAUUCCCUACACUACUGGGCCUACCUUGACUUUGUCUCAUCGGAAUCUAACUGGAGGGUGUAAUGUGAACUGUGGUUGCCGGAUGCAUGACUACGCUCCAGUGUGCGGUUCAGAUGGAAUUACGUAUUUUAACCCCUGCCUGGCUGGCUGCAACAGUGUCUCCAACGACAGCUCAGGAAUGAAGAACUAUUCGGACUGUGCGUGUGUACAGAGCAGACAGGUGAUCACUCCCUCCGGAGGAAAUCACGAGCUGCAACUGGUCAUUGUGAAGACGUACUUAAACGAGAAUGGCUAUGCGCUUGCUGGCAAAUGCGAGCGCACCUGUGGAACUCUCAUAACCUUCCUCAUCUUCCUCUUCAUCGUCACCCUCAUCACUGCUUGUGCCCAGCCUUCGGCUAUCAUUGUUACCCUCAGGUCUGUGGAGGAACAGGAGCGGCCGUUUGCUCUGGGAAUGCAGUUUGUUCUUCUCAGGACUCUUGCCUACAUACCUACUCCCAUCUAUUUUGGCGCAGUGAUUGACACCACCUGCAUGCUGUGGCAGCAGGACUGUGGCGUUCACGGCUCCUGCUGGGAGUAUGAUGUCACUUCCCUGCGCUUUGUCUACUUUGGCUUGGCCGCCAGCCUCAAGUUCCUGGGCUUCCUCUUCAUCUUCCUCACCUGGUACUCGCUGAAGCGGCGCGAGGACCACACGCACUCGCACACCCGCCCCGUAUCACCACUGGACACAGUGAGCCAGCUGAUUUGCCACGCAGGGGGGCACAAGGGUCACGCCCGUACACGUUCCUGUCCCGUCUUCCUGCCCCGCCCCCCUGAACCCUGCCACACUGCUAUAAUAGCAUCCGGUCAGCCCCUCAGUCGUGGCAACAGUUGUCCUGGCAAUGGCCUGAAAGCAAUAACUCCACCGAUCAGGUCUCUGGAGAAGGUGGUGAUAUGAGAUAUGAGGAAUUUUGCAGAUAUAAACACACACAUACACACACGCGCAUUAUUAAACAUACUUAUAGGACAUGCAUACCUGAAGAACAGGUGGAGUUUCCAGCUUUGCUCCAAAUGUCCAAAUGUGAAGAGUUCCCUCAUCUUUGCCAUUGCUGGUGCCUUUUUCUUCUGAAUUAGACACGCACUCAUGCACAAGGUUUGGAAAACACUGGACUCAAUACCUCAAAAGGACCUGUACCUCUUUACUUAUCCUUACACAGACCCAUGGCCAGUAUCUCCUUCUUCUUUUACAUGCAUAUAUACACACACAAACACACACACACACUCAUAGUAAAAAAAAAUAAAAUAAAAAAAAUAGUUGCACCCAGAAGGAAACGUUGGAUUGCUAUUCUGAAGGACGAUAAAUGUUCCAAGGAUCAGGAAAUAAUAACAAAAAAAUAAAUAAACUUGAUAUGGGCAUUAGUUAUUGAUCUACACAUACAGAGGUGGCAUCUCUCUGUCUGAUGUCGGACCACGAGUCACAGUACACAAGCCUUCUGGUCAGCAUUAAUUUUUUUGUUUGUUUGUUUGUUUUUUGCAAAAAAACUCAGUUCAGAAGCUCUCGUUCAGUUGUGUUGUAAACUGCAGAAAAGCAAUUGCAGAGCUGUCACAGAGUGAUUAACGAAGAGUGGUAAAAACCAAGCAAAUAUCUAGCAGGUUUAAUAUCUAGACCAGUCGGCAACAGUGAGUUAACAGUGAACAGGAACUUGACUACCUACAGCCAAUAGUAUAGCAUAAAAAGAAAGAACCACUUGAUAACCAAGAUAUCUUCUACGUGGCAUCGCUAGUGCUCGCGUGCAUUUAGCUCUUGCUUCUCGUUUAAAACACGUUUUUGAGAGAAGGCAGAUGAAGAAAAUUGUGAGACGACUCGCAAUUACAGCCCAACCAGUUGUGUAGUGUGAACAACACAAUGACCUGAUGACUCAAAAGGACAUAUAUUGUGAACCAGACAUAACAAAACAUGUCAGACGUCUCAGUAUGGAGUUGUCCAUUCCUGCAGGCUUAGCUGUAGAGGUGGAGAGUUGACCAUCUAAAUGUGACUAUGACCAUCUACCCACUAAGUCACGUUCCUGUUGAAUGAUUCCUUCUGGGUAACUAUUAUUUUUUAUGAUGAGUAUAGACACACACACACACACACUCUCUUUCUCUCUCUCUCUCUCAUGGUUGUUUUUACGGAGCCAGUACUGUAUCCCUUUCUUCUUACCCGUACACGCACAAAGUCUCUUGAUUAUAUUGAUACAUUUUACAGGGUUUUUUUGCACACACUUGUCUGUCCCCAGUCCUGUCAGUUCCUCUCAUUGUCAUCUAGUGUGUUUUCAUCCGUCAGCACCGUUAAAAAGACUCUGGUAUUGCUGGUACUGCGGGAACACUCACAUUCUAGUCCACCAAGCCUCUGAUUGGUCACUCACCUCGUGGCUUGAUUGGUUGAUUGAUUAGUGAAUUGGGCUGUUCAUAUCAGUUUCAGGUAUUGUGGACUGCAGUAAGGAGGAAUAAGCUGGGACUCAAACUGGAAACUAUACUAUGCAAACUUUCCUCUCAUUCUUAAAAACAACUGUAAAGAUUCAACCCUACAGGUCUGAACACUCUCACACGAAAUCGAAACAAGUUGUGUUUUGGAGAUUGGAGAAGUAUUGACAAAGUGAAAAAGUAUUACCCGCAGUGGAAACCGUCUCACUGCUGAUCUGCACUAAAGGGACUGUGUGUCUUCUACACUGGAUUCAAGUAAUAAUGGAAGAGGAAUUAAGUAUUGUUUCAAAGUGUUUCAAACUGUUUUUCUUAUCAGAAAAAAAACUGCAACUGGGUGUUUUAAUGUCUAAAUUAAAGAUAUUUUGAAAAAAAAAAACUGUU